AUGGCAUACAUCUCGACCCUCUGGGGGUCCUUAUGUCUACUUUUUCUCUGCUCCAUCACUCUUACUCUUGCCCAAACCGCACCAAAUUGUCCCCUUGGCCCAGGCUCCAUCUAUCCUCUUCCAGGAAAUCCUCUCCACAUAAGUUCCUUCAUAUCAUCUGCCCUAUCCAACUUGAACCAAACCCUCACUUCCACCCUUCAAGACUGCACUAGCACCCUCACCACCUCCAAUGUUUCUUUCCACUUCAGUAUAUUCUCCUCGUCCUCCACCUUCUUCGAAUACAACCACAUCGCACCAGGUCAGGAACAUUCUCUCAGCAAUGGAGACAUAGAUCGCAACACUGUUUUUCGUAUCGGCAGCGUUUCCAAGCUACUCACAGUGUACACUCUCCUAGCGACAACAGGCAUCAACCACCUGAACGAUCCCGUCACCAAGUGGAUACCAGAACUAGCCGCAAAGAAGUUCGAGGAUGAGAUCAGCACGGCCAAAUGGGCAGACGUAACGAUUGGAGCGCUGGCAGGACAUAUGGCGGGCGUGAAGGAGCUGUCUAUGGAGGACCUCGCCACACUUUACGACGCUGAAACGGCGGCGAUGUAUAAUUUACCACCUCUACCCAUGAGCGACGUACCCACGUGCGGCACCGCUGGCGAGCUACCCGCCUGCUCGAGAGAAGAAUUCUUUGCUGCGUUCACGCAUCUGCGCCCUGUGACCUCACCGUUCAAUAUGCCGAUCUAUUCCAACGUAGCGUUUCAGAUCCUAACAUAUGCGAUCGAAGCCAUGACGAACCAAUCGUUCGCAGAUGUGUUUCAAAGCGCGCUUGUAGGGCCUCUAGGGUUGAAUGGGACGUACUUGACCAUGCCACCAGGCGAUGGGACAUCGAGCGCCAACGGCUUGAUGUAUUCUACCGGCGCGGAUCUCGCAGCCCUCGGUCAAUCUAUCCUAUCUUCCACACUGUUACCACCCCACGUAACCCGCCAGUGGCUCAAGCCCAUAACGCACACGCCCGACCUCCGUCUCUCCGUAGGCAUGCCGUGGGAGAUUUUCCGCUUGGAAGUUCCUGUCCCAUUCAGAUCCUCUGGCUCCUCAGAAGAGCAAACAACGCGAAUCAUAGACUUAUACCUCAAGAACGGCGGCACAGAAACGUACAACACGCAGUUCCUCCUCUCGCCAGACCAUGGUUUCGGAUUUGCGCUCUUAACGGCUGGUCCACCACCCACAAGGGGUCCGGAUAUGCGUUUUGCCGCCAUGCAAGAAGUGAAUGAGAUGAUUACCUCGGUCUUGCUUCCUGCAUUUGAAGCCGCAAUGCAGGACCUGGCUAUCGCCAAAUUCGCGGGUAACUACACCACCAGCAGAGAAAACGCUUCAUCCACGAACCUGGAGAUCGUAGCCGGCGACGGCGGCCUGGGUCUGAGCGUCAAGAGCUGGAUGGACAAGGGCGGAACAAGAGAUUUGUUGAAGACGUAUUUCGCUGCACUGCAGAUGGCUGAAUCGAAUGCUCUGGAGGAGGAUCCAAGUCUCCGGCUGUACCCCGUAGGCUUGCAGAACAGGGGAGAAGUGGCAUUCAGAGGCGUGUUUGAGUACCAAGGCAGUGCGGGUGCGUUCAGCGACAGCAACACGACGGCGUUUGGAAGUAGAUGCGGAGCGUUUGCAGCUGUCGAUGAGCCCCAAUAUGGUAACGUUGGGCUGGACGAUUUUGUGUUUGGUGUGGAUUCGGCUGGUAUGGCAACGAGUAUUGCUGCGCGAGGGAUGAGGAUUACGCUUCGAAGACUUUAA